CGCGGCUCCUGGACUCGCUCCACGUCCCCGCUUUAUCUAGCCCCGUCUCCCUCGCACAGCCAUAGCCGCGGCCAGACUCCGGAGUCCUCUCCUCUCCCUCUCGUUCCUCUUCCGCCCGUUCCCACUCCCACUCCCCCGCCCGCUAGCCCUCCUCUUCGUCCAAGCUCGCUUCUCCCCGGCCGCCGUGCGUGCGGGGUUCGGAUUUACCAUAGGGCCGGCCGGGGUCGCCAUCGCCGCCGUUGCGACGGCGGCGGCGGAGUUUCGCGUCGAGUUGUUCGCUCGGCCGGGGCGAGACGCUCGCCUAUUUCGGCGGUUCCCUUUGCGCCCAGCUGGGGGUUCCUUUCUUUCCAUGCCCGUCGUCCCCCCAUGAUUCCCUUCCAUUUCUGCUCCAGCCAGGCCGUCCCCGGCAGCGAGGCCGCGCUCCGGCUAUUUUAAUGCAUGCCGUUGCCGCCUCGCCCUCUCGCCCCAUAAAACCUUAAUAAUUCCUUGGGAUCUGAGGAGAUCCGCCGGGGGGGUUGGUAGGAUCGCGGGCGUCAGGGAUCGCUGCCAGGAGUGGAGAGGGGGGAGAGAGUCUUUUCUUUUCCUGCUGCUAGUGUUUCCAGCCCGCCGCGCGCCUCUUGAUGAGCUUCGGUGGCAUGUUCGAUGGCGCCGCCGGCUCCGGCGUCUUCUCCUACGACGCUGGCGGAGGAGGAGGAGGAGGAGGAGGAGGCGGAGGCGGCGCGGGCAUGCACAACCACGGCCGCCUUAUCCCCGCGCCGCCCCUCCCGAAGCCCGGCGGAUUCGGCGCCCCCGGCCUCUCCCUCGGCCUGCAAACAAACAUGGACGGCGGGCAGCUGGGCGACAUGAGCCGAAUGGGCCUGAUGAUGGGAGGCAGCGGGAGCGGGAGCGCCGGCGAGGGCGACCAGCUGGGCCGCGGCCGGGAGGACGAGAACGACAGCCGCUCCGGCAGCGACAACGUGGACGGCGCCUCCGGCGACGAGCUCGACCCGGACAACAGCAACCAGCGCAAGAAGAAGAAGCGAUACCACCGCCACACCCCGCAGCAAAUCCAAGAGCUCGAAGCUGUGUUCAAGGAGUGCCCCCACCCCGACGAGAAGCAAAGGAUGGAGCUCAGCAAGCGGCUCAACCUGGAGAGCCGCCAGGUCAAGUUCUGGUUCCAGAACCGGCGCACGCAGAUGAAGACGCAGAUCGAGCGGCACGAGAACGCGCUGCUGAGGCAGGAGAACGACAAGCUGCGGGCGGAGAACAUGACGAUCCGGGAGGCGAUGCGCAACCCCAUCUGCGCCAACUGCGGCGGCGCGGCCGUGCUCGGGGAGGUGUCGCUGGAGGAGCAGCACCUGCGCAUAGAGAACGCGCGCCUCAAGGACGAGCUCGACCGCGUCUGCGCGCUCGCCGGCAAGUUCCUCGGCCGCCCGAUCUCCUCCGGCAGCCCGAUGGCGUCGUCCCUGCCGGGGUGCUCCGGCCUCGAGCUCGCCGUCGGCAGCAACGGCUUCGGCCUCGGCCCGCUGGGCGGUUCGGCGCUGCCGCCCGGGCUCCCCGACUUAAUGGGCGGCGGCCUGGCCGGCCCCGUGGGGUCGGCGGGCAUGCGCCUGCCCGCGGGCAUUAGCGCCCUCGACGGCGGCGCCUUGCACGGCGCGGCCGACGGCGUGGACCGCGGUGUCCUCCUGGAGCUCGGGCUCGCCGCGAUGGAGGAGCUCAUGAAAGUGGCGCAGAUGGACGAGCCGCUCUGGCUCCCCAGCCCCGACGGCGGCGGCCUCGAGACGCUCAACUUGGACGAGUACCGGCGCGCCUUCGCCAGGGUGCUCGGGCCGAGCCCCGCCGGGUACGUCGCCGAGGCCACCCGCGAGGCCGGCGUCGCCAUCACCAGCAGCGUGGACCUCGUCGACAGCCUCAUGGACGCGGCCCGGUGGUCGGAGAUGUUCCCGUGCAUCGUGGCGAGGGCGAGCACGACGGACAUCAUCUCGAGCGGCAUGGGCGGCACGCGCAGCGGGUCAAUCCAGCUGAUGCACACGGAGCUGCAGGUGCUGUCGCCGCUGGUGCCGAUCCGGGAGGUGGUGUUCCUGCGGUUCUGCAAGCAGCACGCGGAGGGGCUGUGGGCCGUGGUCGACGUCUCGGUGGACGCCGUCCUCCGCCCCGGCGGCGACCCACACCACCACCCGCUCAACGGCGGCGGCGCCGCCGGCUACAUGGGCUGCCGCCUCCUCCCCUCCGGCUGCGUCGUGCAAGACAUGAACAACGGCUACUCCAAGGUCACGUGGGUGGUUCACGCGGAGUACGACGAGGCGGCGGUGCACCAGCUCUACCGGCCGCUGCUCCGCUCCGGCCAGGCCCUUGGCGCGCGCCGCUGGCUCGCCUCGCUCCAGCGCCAGUGCCAGUACCUCGCCAUCCUCUGCUCCAACUCCCUCCCCUCCCGCGACCACGCCGCCAUAACGCCGGUGGGGCGGAGGAGCAUGCUGAAGCUGGCGCAGCGGAUGACGGACAACUUCUGCGCGGGCGUGUGCGCGUCGGCGGCGCUGAAGUGGCGGCGCCUCGACGAGUGGCGCGGCGGCGAGGGCGGCGGAGGGGCCGGCGCCGCGGGCGAGGGCGAGGAGAAGGCGCGCAUGAUGGCGCGGCAGAGCGUGGGCGCGCCCGGGGAGGCCCCCGGCGUGGUGCUGAGCGCCACCACCUCCGUCCGGCUGCCGUCCACGCCCCCGCAGCGCGUGUUCGACUACCUCCGCGACGAGCAGCGCCGCGGGGAGUGGGACAUCCUCGCCAACGGCGAGGCCAUGCAGGAGAUGGACCACAUCGCCAAGGGCCAGCACCACGGCAACGCCGUCUCCAUCCUCCGCCCGAAUGCAACAAGUGGCAACCAGAACAACAUGCUGAUCUUGCAAGAGACUUGCACUGACUCCUCCGGCUCGCUGGUGGUGUACGCGCCGGUGGACGUGCAGUCCAUGCACGUGGUCAUGAACGGCGGCGACUCCGCGUACGUCUCCCUCCUCCCUUCUGGCUUCGCCAUCCUCCCGGACGGCCACAGCCAGCCGUCGGACGCCGCCCAGGGCUCGCCGGGCGGCCAAUCCGCCACAGCCGCCGGGUCCCUGGUCACCGUGGCGUUCCAGAUCCUGGUGAACAACCUGCCCACCGCGAAGCUCACCGUGGAGUCGGUGGACACCGUCAGCAACCUGCUCACCUGCACCAUCCAAAAGAUCAAGUCCGCCCUCCAGGCCACGCCCUAGCUGACAUUUGACAUGGAUUCCGGCCACCGGCAGCCCUCGCAAAAGGUCCGGAGCCGGAGCCGGAGCCGGAUGCCGUAUCAAAUGCUUAGCUUGAGGCCAUGGUGGCAGCUAGAAAUGGCUGUGCCGAGCGCGUCGCCGCAGAAUGGCGAGGAACUAGCAGUGGUGCUUGAGAGGCGGUGAAAGAUGAAAGGAAAAAUAAAUUACAGAGUGUGGAGUACAAGUAUUAUUGCGCAGAGCAAUAUAUAUAUGAGGUGAGUUACACAGGGAUUAAGUCAAGAACGAACCGUGCGCUAGGGUUCAUCAAUCUCUUGAGCAGACAUGUUUUUUACUGUUUGCUCAGGCUUGAUAGGCUCAUGUGGUGGUUCGGGUAUUGACUUAAGUCUCUGGCAAAUGAAGUUCAAAGAUCCCCCCUAGGACUUCUAUAUGUAUCUAGCAGCUUGUUUAUUUUAACCAAUUUGUGAAGAGUUUCUUUCUUCUUCUACUAGUUCUCCAGUAUGGGGAAUCACAUAGAAAUGAGGUGACACUGAGAUUUAUCGUAUCCCCGGGGUGGCUUGUGUCUGUUUACUUUGCAAAAAUGUUUGUUAAUUAAAUUAGUUUGAGUUGGUAUACGCAUGCUGUAAAAUGCCCCCA